AUGAAGCCCUUGGAAGGAAGCCUUGUGUACUACCCAUUUGGUAGUAAAGACCUGUUUGCUCUGAAAGCACACUCCAAGACUUGGCAUAUCUACAAUGAACAUUUCCGCCAAUCUCAGCAAGGUCAUGUGUCAAUUGCUUUGGCUUCUCAUUGGGUUGCACCAAAAAAUGGGGACAUAACCUCUGAAGUUGUGCAGCUUUGCCAGUGCUCUAUCAAUUCUGUAUUGGGUUGGUUUGCGAAACCAAUAUUCAUAGAUGGUGAUUAUCCAGAGUGUAUGAAGGAUAACCUCAAAUCGCUACUGCCAGCUUUUAACGAUGGAGAAAAAUUGGAAAUAAAGAAAACAGCUGAUUUUUUCGCACUUUCAUUUGGACCAUUGAGUUUUCGACUUUUGGAUUCAAAUCUGUUAUUUAACCAAUCAAAAAAAUACUUUCUGAGGCAGCUUCUGUAUUGGAUUCACACAGAAUACAACAACUCAAAAAUAUUCAUUGUAGAAAAUGGCUGGGAUGACAGCAGCGGCAGUACAAAGACUGAGGAUGUUUAUAACAUGUAUCCUUUAAAGACCUUUCUCAUGGAUGUACUGAAAGCAAUUAAGUACGAUGGAGUUGAUGUCAUUGGAUACACAGCAUGGUCACUACUAGAUGGUUUUGAAUGGGAUGCUGGUUACAAUACCCGACGGGGAUUGUUUUAUGUUGACUUUCAAAGCAAGGAGAAGAACAGAAUGCCAAAAUCAUCUGCUUUUUUCUAUCAGCAAGUGAUAGAAGACAAGGGAUUCCCACCUAUACCAGAAAACAAACCUAUUACAGGGACCUUCCCCAACAGUUUUGUAUGGGGCAUCUCUGAAGAUGUCAUACAGGUAGAAUCAUCUCCUACAACUCCCCAAUUUGUUGAUCGCAAUAUCUACAAAUGGGAUAUCAAUGGCACUGGAAAGUUGCUGAAAGUCAAAGGAGUAAUGGGCCAGCUGCGUAAAGCUCAGUGCACUGAUUACAGCACUAUCAGACAAGAAAUUUACCUCUUGCAGAAUACACAUGCCACUCACUUCCAAUUCUCCCUCAACUGGUCACUAAUCCUACCGACUGGCAACACAACACAGGUGACCAGAGCAAAUCUGCGCUAUUAUAAAUGCUACGUCAGUGAGCUUCUACGUGUGAAUGUUACUCCGGUCGUUGUACUGUAUCAUCCUACUCUUGAAGAUCAGCGAUUGCCGUCAAUGUUAGAAAACAAUGGGGGCUGGAUGAACCCAGCAACAAUUCAGGCUUUCAUGGAAUAUGCCAGGUUAUGUUUCAGACAGCUGGGAAACAAAGUGAAGUUCUGGAUAACAAUGAGUGAGCCAAAUGGCAUAAAGCACUUAGUAGCACAUAAAGCAAACUUUACGGUUUUAGGCCACAAUUUAAUCAAAGCACAUGCUUUAGUCUGGCAUCUCUAUAAUAAUGAAUUUCGCAAGACUCAAAAUGGACAAAUCUCAGUUUCUCUUCAUGCUGAUUGGGUAGACCCAGCUGACCCUUUCUCUAGGAAUGAUAUAGAAGCAGCUGCUAGGAGUUUAGAGUUUGAUAUCGGUUGGUUUGCAGAGCCUAUUUUUGGCAGUGGAGACUACCCUUUCAUCAUGCGAGACUGGCAGAGCCAAAGGCAAAACAUUGGAUGGCACAAUUCUUAUUUGCCCUACUUCACCAAUGAAGAGAAAGAGCUGAUACGUGGCUCUGGUGAUUUUGUGGCAUUAAACCACUACACAACUCAUAUUGUACAUCUAGAAGGUCAAACUGGAGCCCAGACUGGUUAUGAGUUCAAAGUGCAGCACCUGAAAGAUACUACUUGGCUGGAAUCACCAGAUGGAAAAGCAGUUGUGCCAGGGGGUUUACGCAAACUCCUCAGGUGGAUUAAAUCAAAAUAUGGCAACAUCCCUAUUUAUAUCACAUCGAAUGGCAUUGAUGAUGAUUCACCGUCCAAAGAUAAAUUGCGUGUUUACUACAUUCAGAGUUACAUUAAUGAAGUUUUGAAAGCCUUAAAACUAGAUGGAGUAAACAUUCGCGGGUAUUUUGCUUGGGCCUUAAGAGAUAUCGAUGAACCAAACUAUGGCUUCUUCACUUCUAAUCGAGCAGCUAAGCUCUCUGUUGAACAUUACAGGAGAAUUGUAGAUAAUGGAGGAUUUCCUACAUCAAAUAUCACCAGUACAAAAUGUUAUCAAGACUUACAUUCUUCUGCAAGAUGCAAUCCUUUGUUCUUCAGAAAACAGUUGCUGAUUUUUGCAUUAUGUACUUUAAGUGUUUUUACUGCAACUAUGUUUUUAAUUAUUUAUUAUUCUACAAAAAGGUGCAGAAAAUAUAAUUAAAACAUUCUAUUUAAAGGGAUAUUAACUUGUUUGGAGGAAGGUACUCAUUUAUAGUUUGACAAGAGUGAUACUUAAAGAAAAGUUCUUUCUGGUCAACAAUCUGACAUUAGUUUUUCAUUCUAAUUUUCAUUUUCUGUCUAAAAGGUUUUCACCAAUUCUGUCCUUAUGGUAGUAACUUAAAUUUGCAGUCAUUCACUAUUUAAUGUGGCUAAGUCUGGAUAGCGAUUGCAUAAUUGACCAUUGAGUAAUAUCAUAGUCGAGCCAUUCUUGUCUCCACCCUACAGCCAUAUACGCAGGGGAUCAUUUUAAUUUUGUGCGCUGAGUGGUAGCAAAUUGGCAACAAAUUUUGUUUCGUUGAAGUCAAUAAAAAUUGGGAAGGCAGGGAAAGACAUAAUACAUGGUCUGCUGAUUUGUUGUUGCCUGUUUUACACCAUUACACAAAGCUAAAAUGUCUCUGAACACUCUUCAGCAUUACAUAGCAGUCAAGGAGCAGGAUGUCAUCUCCUUCAUAUAAGGCUAACUGUAGCUUCCAAAUGAUCAACCUGCUUGAGAUCAGCUAACUCAGGACACACUAGAGAUCAAAUGUAGAUAUCUCUUAAUCUGUAGCGGGCAAUGAGUAUAAGCAUUGACAAACCAGGCCUCCUGUUGAUGUAAAUUUGAGGAAUAUAAUGAAUGUAGUAUAAUUCACUUUGAACAGUGCAGGAGUGUCAUUGCCAAAAAAGUUAUAGUUAGAUCUUUAUGCAAUCUUUCAUCUGUAAUGCUCCAGAUGGAUGAAUAUUGGAAAUUUAUGUCUACCCCCAAUUCAUGACUCCACAUUUUGUUUUAGUAUCCAUUCAUUUCAACAUAAAAGAUAUAGUGUACCUGCAAAUCUAUGUUUCCAAUAUGCACAUGAAACACCAGGAUCUCAAGGGGAGCUGAUAGCCUAGUGGUAUGAGAUAACAAGGUGUAGAUCUGGAUGAACACAGCAGGC